UUGGUAUUGUUUCCUGCAUUCCUUUUGCCAAGCAUGUGCAGACAUAAUUAUUCAUGCCAUUGCCCCCAAAGGGAGGAAGACAUUCCUUUCCUUGAAGUCAACAAACAGUAUCACCAAGGAGAAGAUGGUAGUCAAGAGCAUUAUAUUAUCAAAGUUUCCUCUGUCCAGGACAUCAAGGUUUCCUCUGUCAAGGACAUCAAGGUUUCCUCUGUCCAGGAGGAAAAAGUAAAGCCUGUCCAGCAAGUAGAAGUGGAUAGCAACUACGACCUCAAGAGAUGGCCCAACUGUGCUGAGGUGAUGGAAGAACUGAAAGCAAUGGGAAAGAUUGCAGGUCCCAUGGCCUUAACAGGCCUACUUCUCUACUCCAGAGCAAUGAUCUCAAUGCUCUUCCUAGGCCGUUUGGGAGAAAGUGAGCUAGCAGGAGGGUCACUUGCUAUUGGCUUUGCAAACAUCACUGGAUACUCUGUCAUAUCAGGGCUAGCCAUGGGGAUGGAGCCUAUAUGUGGGCAAGCAUUUGGGGCCAAGAGAUGGAGCCUCUUAGGCCUAACACUUCAAAGGACAAUCCUAGUCCUACUGUCUGCCUCUCUCCCAAUAGGGUUUUUGUGGCUAAACAUGGAAAGAAUCCUACUCUGGUGUGGCCAAGAGCCAGACAUUACAUCCAUGGCCAGCAUAUACAUCAUCUUCUCACUUCCAGACCUCCUAGCCCAAGCAAUCCUUCACCCACUCCGCAUCUAUCUCAGGACUCAAAACAUAACCACACCUCUAACCUACUGUGCUGCCAUUGCUCUCACAUUUCACAUCCCAAUAAACUAUCUUCUGGUCCUAGUUCUCAACUUGGGCAUAAAAGGAGUAGCCAUGGCUGCAGUAUGUACCAACUUCAACCUUCUCCUAUCUCUCCUAGCCUACUUAUACAUCUCUGGAGCCUGCAAGGACUCAUGGCAAGGCCUAACAAAGGAUUGCUUCAAAGGGUGGAAGCCAUUGCUAAGUUUGGCCAUACCCAGCUGCAUUUCAGUGUGCCUAGAAUGGUGGUGGUAUGAAUUCAUGAUAAUUCUAUGUGGGCUAUUACUACAUCCUCAGGCUUCUGUGGCCUCAAUGGGAAUUCUCAUCCAAACAACAUCUUUGGUCUACAUUUUUCCUUCUUCACUAAGCCUAGGGGUUUCUACAAGAGUGGGUCAUGAACUGGGUGGCAACAGGCCAGGCAAGGCUAGAAGGGCUAUGAUCGUUGCUCUGUCCUGUGGAACAAUUUUGGGCUUCCUGGCUAUGACAUUUACUACUACAAUGAGGCAUAAAUGGGCAACUAUGUUUACAAGUGACCCUGAGAUUUUGCUCUUGACAUCCUUGGCUUUGCCUGUUGUGGGUCUCUGUGAACUUGGCAACUGUCCACAAACAACUGGGUGUGGUGUCUUAAGAGGCAGUGCUAGACCAACUGUAGGUGCUAACAUAAAUUUGGGGUCAUUUUAUUUUGUGGGUAUGCCCGUGGCCAUUCUUAUGGGCUUUUUUUUGAAUGUGGGUUUUGUGGGGCUGUGGAUGGGCUUGUUUGCAGCUCAGGCUUCCUGUAUUUGUCUCAUGAUGUUCAUGCUUCUCAGAACCGACUGGAAGCUUGAGGCAGAGAGGGCCAAGGAGCUAACAUGUGGGGUUAAUGACGAAGAAGAAAAGAAUUCUGUAAAAUCAGAGGUUGUGGUACUUGUGAAAGUUGAUCGAUAAAGCCCCUGGAAAUGGAUAUUUGGAUACCUGAUUUUUUGUGCUAUACUAAAUUCUUUAUAUGCGGCAUGUAACUCUGGGUUUUGCGGUGUCAAGGAUCAGAUUUACUUGUAUUUUUAAUAUUUAAUUGCGCCAUUUGGCUAUAAUAGCAUUGUCCAUUAGAUCGAUAAUGGUAGGGCACAAUAAUUUAUCACAA